AUGGCGCUCGCGCGCGGCCGUCUCGCGGGCGCGAGCGAGGGCGCGUCCGUGGCCGGGGCGUCGACGCGGGGGCGACGACGUCGGUCGCGCGCGAUGUCCUCGACGUGGACGCCCGCGGCGUCGGUCGCGCGCGACGCCGAGGCGACGGACGCGCUGACGCUGGCGACGCGAUGCGCGCGGGCGUCGAACUUUGUGUACAGAGGGGACGAUCUCCCGACGUGGUUCGCGGACGAUGGGGCGACGACGCGGGCGAGAGGGGCGACGGGCGCGACGGCGUUCGCCGUGGCGGAUGACGCGGCGCGGAACGAGCGCUUCGUCGUCAUCAGAGGCGCGGCGUGGAAUCAACCGGACACGGAUAGGAAUAAACUGUCGUGGCAGAUUGCAAAGGUGUGGCCGCAGCGACUGCGGAGGGAGACGCCCGUGGUGUGUCACCAGGGUGUUUUAGAGAUGACGGAUGAGUUUUGGGACGACCUCAAACCGUGGUUACGCGGCGACGACGGGUUCACCGGGACGUUUUACUUCACCGGACACUCGCUCGGUGGGUCCAUGGCGAUCGUGUGCGCGGCGAGGGCGAGAUUGGAGCUCGGAUUGGAGGAAUCGCGCGUUGGGCCGAUUCACACGUUUGGUGCGCCGCCUGUCUUGGCGUACGAUCGCCUGGCGAGCGGACGGUCGGCGAGCGACGAGGCGACAAUCGGCAUGAACGAAAUCAUGCGCCUUUUGGGGUUUGAGCAAGGAGCGGCGAUGGUUCGUCAGUACGUGCUGGCAAAUGAUGUCAUUCCUCGCAUGUGGCUCGCCGCCGAUCCCGUUUUUUCGGCGGCGACAAAGACGGAUUUCAUCGGUGGCUUGCUCGAUUGGCGUCGCGAAAUCUUUGGCGAGGGGAUGUUCACGAAGAAUCGCUUCCUGUACGAAUCCAUCGGUGAGUUGUACUGGUUGGAGAGCGCGAACAACGACCAAGGGAAGCCAACUCUGAGUCGGUUCUUCGGCGACGACGUGUUGACGAAACUGCAAAUGGAGUUGGAGGAUAUCACGCAGUCCCCGAUGACGGCGAUGCGAACGCUCGGCGACCACAACUCGCAGGCGUACGUCGAUGCGCUCCAAUUUCUCACGAUUCGUCGCGUGCUGAAUCCUUCAUCUCCCAUCUAA